CUCUUUUCUCCGGAAAUUUUUAUGUUUGGGCCUUACUCUCAUCUGCUUGCGUUUAUUAGGCCCUCCGAAUCCAUUAAAUCAGAUUAUUCUGCCUGACGUCACAAUGGAGGUUCCGACAGCAACCUCUCUCCGUGACAUCUACCCCGAGGACGCGAUUCCUGACCAGAAGGAGCGAUGGGAGAAUCUACUAUCGCGAUUCAAGGAGAAGUAUGGCAAGCAAGCAGACUUUGUUUCAAGGAGUCCAGGGCGCGUCAAUAUCAUCGGCGAGCACAUCGACUACUCGCUCUAUGAAGUGCUGCCAAUGGCCAUCACAGCCGAUUUUCUCAUGGCGGUCGCGGUGCGGCCAGCUGACGAGAAUCCUCGAGUUAGGAUAGCGAACACACAGUCAGAAAAGUUCCCGUCCCGAGAAUUUGAGAUACCCGCCGAAGGAGAUAUCCCGAUUGAUGCAUCUGAGCACGAGUGGACGAACUAUUUCAAGUCCGGAUUGCGUGGAGUGACCCAACUGCUGCAGAAGAAGCGUGGGCAAUUCGUAUCUGUGGGCAUGGACAUUCUCUGCAGUGGCACCGUUCCGAGCGGUGGAGGCAUGUCGAGUUCGGCAGCUUUCACCUGCACUGCCGCCUUGGCGGUCAUGAAGGCGAACGGAGAGGAGAAGGUCGACAAGAAAGAGCUCUGUGAGUUGGCUAUCGUCUCUGAACGAUCUGUUGGUGUCAACUCAGGAGGCAUGGACCAAGCCGCCUCAGUCUUCUCUCUGCGAGGAACCGCCCUCUAUGUCACCUUUAAACCCAAUCUAGAUUUCAAGGCCAUUGAGUUUCCGCAAACGGAUCCCGAGCUUACUUUCGUCACGGCUCAGAGCUUCGUAGCAGCAGACAAGCACGUCACCGCGCCUGUGUGCUACAAUCUUCGCGUGGUCGAAUGCACAUUGGCAGCAGUAUUCCUUUCCAAAGCGUUUGGACUGAAACGAGACCUGCCCCAAGACUCCUCCCCCCUCGGCGUUAGUUUACGUGGCUUCCAUGACACGUACUUCGAAGAGAAGGAGGGCGUUGCAGACAACACGAAAACCUCGGUUGCAGACUUCGAGAUUCAGCUUCAGAAACUCAUACAAUUCACUGAGGACUACCUUCCACAAGAAGGUGGCUAUACGAGGGAGCACAUCUGUGCUUUACUUGGUAUCACCGAAGACGAGUUAAACCAACGGUUUAUGUCUAAAUUCCCAGUCCGUGCGGAAAAGUUCAUGUUGCGUCAACGUGCACUUCAUGUUUUCAACGAAGCUCUACGCGUUAUUAAGUUCCGUCAGUUGCUCUCUACGCCACCUACGAAUGGCAAAGAAUUGCUGAAAGCGCUCGGCAACCUCAUGAAUGAAACGCAGACAUCCUGUCGCGACAUCUACGACUGCAGCUGUCCCGAACUCGAUGAGUUGUGUGAUCUGGCACGCAGUGCAGGUGCGAGUGGCAGCAGACUUACAGGAGCGGGAUGGGGGGGAUGUAGCGUCCAUCUAGUGCCAAAGGACAAAGUCGAGGCUGUCAAGAAGGCGUGGGAGGAGAAAUACUAUCGCAAGAAGUUUCCAGAUAUCACAGAGGACAAACUAAGGGAAGCCGUCGUGGUCAGCAAGCCCGGGAGUGGUAGCGCUGUCUUCAAAGUCGUCGGCGAGAAGCUGGUAUAAUAGCAAUUAUGCCAGGGUCGCCAGCAGUGGCUAAGCCUCGUUCGAAGUUUGGUUGAGUGAAAGCCACAAGUGUAGGCGGUAGCACCGUUUCACAU